UGUACAUUUCAAAAAGUAAUUAGAAAUUAGGUAAGACUUUAGAGAAACGGUGAAAACUCAAACAAAAUGAACCGAAUUUGGGUAAAUGUAUUGCGACAGACCUACAAAUCCCGGUCUACGCCGAGCAGCUAUAAUGGCUUUAAUCUGGCUGCGGCGGCAACCACAAAUCGAUGGUACAGUGCGGACAAUGCACCUGCUGCCGUGGACAAGGCAACGCUAGAUAAGCUGGUGCGGACCAACAAAGUGGUGGUAUUUAUGAAGGGCAAUCCCGAACAACCACGUUGUGGCUUCAGCAAUGCUGUGGUCCAGAUAAUGCGUAUGCAUGGCGUACAGUACGAUGCUCACGAUGUGCUACAGAAUGAAGCCCUGCGUCAAGGCGUUAAAGACUUCACCGACUGGCCUACCAUUCCCCAAGUCUUCAUCAAUGGUGAAUUUGUGGGUGGCUGCGAUAUACUCCUCCAAAUGCAUCAGAGCGGCGAUCUCAUUGAGGAACUCAAGAAAGUCGGCAUCAUCUCUGAACUCCUGCAGGCGGAACAGGCCAAAGAAGACCAAAAGAAAACAAAGUAAACGAAAAUUUCGUUUGCCGUUUUAAUUAUUAGUUGUUGUUUUAAAUGAUAAAUUAAACAUAUGUAUGUACAUUAAGAAAACGUUUUGUCGAUUUAA